CAUAAAUGAGGAAAAUGACAGAUGAAAUUCAGUGCAUGAAUUUAGCAUAAUAUGAUGGCGGAUAAAACAGUUGACAUAUCUCGUCUUCCUGAAGAUGUCAGACAAAAACUAGAAGAGCUUGAUAUAGAGCUUGCAGAAGGUGACAUCACUCAGAAAGGCUAUGAGAAGAAGAGGACUCGCCUAUUGGCGAACUAUGUUGCUCACUCACCUGCAGAGCCGAGUGCACCUAGCCCCCAGACUGCCGCACAGCGGAAGGCUCACCGCAGGCUCACAAGGGAAGACAACCGCUACCAUUCAGAAAUCAGAACAGAGGCAGUGAUGCAAGCGCUUGCUCUACACAACAAAAAACCUGUUGUUCCGCUUCCAUCCAAACGAACAUCUGUCCAGUAUCCAGGUCAACAACAGAGAGCCAGAGAAAGACAUGAUUCAUCAUCAGAUGAUGACGACAGUAUUUUUGGUGAUGAUCAACACAGAGAUUUUCAGAGAGGAGGUCGUUACCGUGACAGUGGAGCUAGUUCUUCCUCAUACUCUGAUGCCAGUGCCUCACCCCAUCACGGGGGACGGGGAGGGGACAGUCGACCCCACAGUGCAGCCUAUGCCAUCCCUGGGAAUACCUCCAGACAUGCGUUGGCUGAUGUGUUACAGAAUGCCAGGCAUUCUCAACCAAUCUCCCAGCCACCUGAUGUAACCAACAAUGCUAAAAGCACCAGACAAGCUGACAGGGUCGGCCAUUACGCUCCAUCACACAUAUCAUCUGUCAGAAUGAACAAUUCAGGAAAUAUCUCAGGCCUUCAGGAUGAUGAAAUACGACAUCAAGGGAAGGUUUCAGCUAAGAUACAGCAGUUGUUGAAUACAUUAAAGAGACCGAAAAGAAAACCAUUACCCGAGUUCUUUGUUGAAGAAGAUGAUGCUCUUGAAACACCAGCACCUGACCCAAAUGCACCAAAACCAGAGGGCAGUGUCAUGUCACCGUUUCCUGGAGAGCAACUUGUGAUACCAACAGGUUUGCCUCGUAAUUUAGAGUCAGCAUUACAAAGAUAUGGGUCAUCUAGUUACAAAGCUAAUGCUGUGACAGUUCUAGACCAGAAUGGAAAACCAUCCCUUACACUUACAUAUGGAAAACUGCUGGCCAGAACCCAGAAAAUUGCUUACAACAUGUUACAGAAAACAGGUCAUAAAGGGGAAGGUGGAAUUAAACCCAAUGACAGGGUAGCUCUUGUCUAUCCAAACAAUGACCCUAUAUCUUUUAUUAGUGGAUUUUAUGGCUGUUUACAAGCAGGUGUGGUGCCUGUACCUGUAGAAGUCCCAUCAUCCAGAAGGGAUGCAGGAGGGCAGGGUAUAGGGUUUUUAUUGGGCAGUCUCAAUGUCAAAUGGGCCCUAACCUCAGAGGCGUGUCACAAAAGUCUGGCCAAGACUGCUAGUGGAGAAGUUGUACAGUUUAAAGGGUGGCCCAAGCUGAGCUGGCUGGUCACUGACAAUUUAAAUAAGUCCUCAAAAGACUGGCAACCCCCUCCUAAACAGUCUGAAGAUAUUCCAGCCUAUGUAGAGUACACACAAAGUAAGGAAGGUAGCACAGUGGGUGUAACUGUGACAAGAAAUGCCAUGUUGUGUCAUGCUAGGACCCUCACUUUAGCCUCCAAUUACACAGAGGGUGAAGUUAUGGUCUGUGUUUUAGACUUCAAAAGAGAUGUGGGUCUUUGGCAUGGUAUAUUAUGUAGUGUGUUUAAUGGCAUGCAUGUGAUAUUUAUUCCUUAUUCCUUGAUGAAAGUUGAUCCAGCCUCAUGGAUGAAAAUGAUCACCAAAUAUAAAGCUUCAAUAGCUAUAGUGAAGUCCAGGGAUAUGCACUGGGGACUUCUAGCUCAGAAGGAUCACAAGGACAUUAGCUUUGCCACACUGAGGCUUUUGUUAGUAGCAGAUGGAGCUAAUCCAUGGUCUUUAACUUCCUGUGAUGCAUUCCUGAACUUAUUCCAAAGUAAGGGAUUGAAACCAGAGGCCAUUUGUCCUUGUGCCAGCUCUUCAGAGGCUUUAACUGUCUCAAUUAGAAGGCCAGGGCGGUCAAGUGCUAGUGCUACUGGUCGAGGUAUCUUAUCCAUGCAGGGUCUAAGUCAUGGUGUGGUGAGGGUAGACACAGAAAAUAGCCUGACCUCCCUCACAUUACAGGACUGUGGACAAGUCAUGCCUGGAGCUGUGAUGAUAGUUGUGAAGAUUGAGGGUCCCCCAAUACUCUGUCAGACAGAUGAGGUGGGAGAACUCUGUCUCUGUGCAGGUUACACCGGGGUCAGUUACUGGGGUCUACAGGGUAUCACUGCCUCAACUUUCCAGGUUCAACCACAACAUCCAGAUGGAACAGUGAUUGGUGACAAGAAGUAUGUCAGGACAGGCCUGCUAGGGUUCCUAGGCCCAGGUGGGCUUGUGUUUGUGUGUGGAAGUAAGGAAGGCCUCAUGACUGUGUCAGGGCGUCGCCACAAUACUGAUGACAUCAUCGCCACAGUCUUAGCCGUGGAACCCAUGAAAUUUAUUUAUAGGGGAAGAAUUGCAGUCUUUUCAAUUUCGGUUUUGAAAGAUGAAAGGAUUAUAAUAAUUGCUGAGCAGCGGCCAGACUGCACAGAGGAAGAGAGUUUCCAGUGGAUGAGCCGUGUGUUACAAGCUGUUGACAGUAUCCAUCAAGUGGGUGUCUACUGCCUCGCUCUAGUCCCUCCCAAUUACCUACCCAAGACACCUCUAGGUGGUAUACAUUUACCAGAAACCAAGAAGAAGUUCCUGGAAGGUUCUCUUCACCCUGCCAAUGUUCUGAUGUGUCCACACACCUGUGUCACAAACCUACCCAAGCCACGGGAACACAGGCCAGACUAUUUACAUCCAACAGCUGCUCAGUAUGUCACUCCUUCUGCAGUUCACGUAGGGAAUAUUGUACAGGGAGCCCGUAUGGCCCAGGCCCAGGGCCGUGAACUUGGCAGUACCGACGAGGAGUCGGACACUGCCCGUAAAGUAGGUCCUCAACACAUGUUUUUAACAGAAAUCCUUCGCUGGAGGUCUCAGACUACACCAGAUCAUAUUGUGUUCACAUUGCUCAACUCCAAGAUACAAGGAAAAUGGCCGUAUCAGGUUCAGCCCCAGGUGCAGAUGUCCUGUUCACAGCUCCACAAGCGUGCAGAGAGGAUCGGCUGUAUGCUGAUGGAGAAAGGCAAACUGAACACAGGGGACCAUGUGGCUUUGAUUUAUCAUCCAGGUGUAGAUUUGAUAGCAGCUUUUUACGGGUGUUUGUAUGUGGGUUGUGUCCCAGUCACCAUUCGUCCUCCUCACCCACAGAACAUAGCUACCACCCUCCCUACAGUCAAAAUGAUUGUAGAAGUCAGCAAAUCCUCUGCCAUUCUUACCAACAGUAUUGUACAUAAAUUACUCAAAUCCAAGGAGGCAACACAGAUUUUAGAGUCCAAGUCCUGGCCCACAAUCUUGGACACAGAUGACCUCCCAAAGAAGAAAUUAGCUGCCAUUUAUCGAGCCCCCACCCCAGAAAUGAUCUGUUACCUAGACUUCAGUGUAUCAACCACAGGGAUGUUAGCAGGGGUCAAGAUGUCUCAUGCCUCGGCUACUGCUCUCUGUCGGUCCAUUAAGUUACAGUGUGAGUUAUAUCCCUCAAGGGAUGUAACUCUGUGUUUGGACCCAUAUUGUGGACUAGGUUUUGUCCUUUGGUGUCUCUCAAGUAUUUACUCUGGUCAUCAUUCCAUACUGAUUGCUCCAUCAGAGGUGGAAACCAACCCAGCUGUUUGGCUUACAGCUGUCAGCAAUUAUAAAGUGCGGGACACUUUCUGUUCAUAUGGGGUGAUGGAAUUGUGUACAAGAGGUUUAGGCACAUCAACUACUACGUUAAAACAAAGGGGGAUUAACCUGUCCUGUGUCCGUACAUGCUGUGUGAUAGCAGAGGAACGACCCAGGAUCCUACUAACGACGUCUUUCACAAAGUUAUUUGCUAACCUCGGACUUACCCCUCGGUCUGUCAGCACAAGUUUUGGCUGCAGAGUCAACCUAGGAAUGGCAUUACAGGGAGCCUCCUGCCCUGACCCCACCACUGUGUAUGUUGACAAGCGAGCAAUGAGGAAUGACCGAGUCACACUAGUAGAAAAAGGAAGUCCUCACAGUCUUUGUAUCAUGGAAUCUGGCAAGUUGUUGCCUGGUGUCAAAGUUGUGAUAGCUAAUCCAGAAACAAAAGGACAGUGUGCCGAUUCUCAUCUAGGGGAGAUUUGGGUGAACAGUCCCCAUAAUGCAUCAGGGUAUUUUAUGAUAUAUGGUGAUGACUCACUCCAUGCAGAGCAUUUCAACUCUCAUCUAGCCACAGGUGACACCACAACGCAGUAUGCCAGAACUGGUUUCCUUGGCUUUGUGCGGCGAACAGAGCUCACACAAAGUGAUGGCGGGAGGCAUGAUGCAAUAUUUGUUGUGGGUGCAUUAGAUGAAACCAUUAUGUUGAGAGGAAUGAGGUACCAUCCUAUCGACAUAGAAAUGAGUGUCGUUAGGUGUCAUCGCAAAAUCUGUGAAUGUGCUGUUUUUACCUGGACAAAUUUGUUGGUUGUGGUGGUUGAGUUGGAAGGAAAUGAAAAUGAGGCUCUGGACUUGGUUCCCCUGGUAACCAAUGUAACACUAGAGGAACACUACCUGAUUGUAGGGGUGGUAGUAGUGGUGGAUCCAGGAGUUAUUCCAAUCAACUCACGGGGAGAAAAACAGAGAAUGCACCUGAGGGACGGCUUCCUUGCCGAUCAGCUAGACCCAAUAUAUGUGGCUUACAAUAUGUAAAUUACUAUAUUAUGCAAGAACUUGGUGCAGCUCUCCUAUUGUUAAGAAUAGAGGAUUGCUUACUUAUUUGACUGAUUAUAAUGGAAAUAUGCCGAUACAAAAAAAUCAGUGUGUGUGUAUUGUAUGCAUAUAAACCAUGUUCUAUACCCCCCUUCCUAAAGAAAUUCCAUUUUUCCUAGUAGUCAAUCAAUUGUUUGUAGUUCAUACCCGUGAAAGUGUGUAUUAUUUUUAUGUAAAAGUUGUAUAAUUUAUGUUAUAAGUGCUGCUUUCUUUAUCUGCUAAGUUUAGUGUUUUACCAUUAGAUAUAAAAAUAUUUAUCCAUGAAAUGGAAUACAUUCUUUGGGAAUGUAAAUAAUGAACUGAAUAGAUGUGAACAAAAAAAGAAGCAUCAUUUGGUCAAGUACAUGAUUGUGAUAGAUUGAUUGUUAACUGUAGGUCAUAGAUCUGAAGUCUUAUGCUCAUUAUAUUGUUAGAGAGCAUAAUAUACAUGUAGUAACAUAAACUCAACUAGAAGGCAUUAUCUGGUUCAGUAUCAAAAACUUUAAGAUAUUUAUACUUUAUACGAAUACAUGUAUGUAUUAUUUUGAUUUCAUUAUAUGAUUAAAAUCAAGCAUUCAAAAUUAGGGCCAGUUAACUCUUGUAUCAUUUUGCUCUUUGAUAGAUUUUGCUUACUAUAAAGAUAUCGGUAUUACUAAUGUGUGUUUACAUUGUUUUAGGUUUUGGGGUUUUCUUUUUAUUUUCCAAAUCAUUUUCCUCUUUUCUCAUAAUUUGAAAUGCUUAUAUUUUAAAGGUUAGGAUUUUGUACCCUUUAAAAAAUAUAUGACAAAACUUUAAACUUUCGAUGAAUGGUAACGUUCAAUAUGUAGAAAAGUGAUGCUGAAAAUAAGUUUUAGUGAAUGAUUGAGAUUAUUUGUCUAUUAAUCAACAUGACAGAGGUGCAAUAUAUGAUUUAACAAAUUUUUGGGGGCCCAGAGCAGAGUUUUUAUACUCAAGAGGAAUUCUUAUAUCAAGAUGGUGUGUUUAGGAAGAAGAAAUUACCAUAAAUUGCAAAAUCCUUGUGUAAAUCUCGGCUAUGGGCACGUAAAUGCAGUUGUACAUAUAGCGUAUGGAAAGGCUAGUGUUGAGUGAUUUAUAAGUUAUUCACUUUUUGUGGAUCUGUGUCUUAGCAUGUGUUUGUCUAUAGCUUGAAUGUGAUAGAGAUGGAAGCUGUUCCUGUAUGUUUUAUAUACUUUAUGUAGGUUACUAAGGAAAGUAAUACAUUAUUACAAAAUGUAUUUAUUUAUUUGAAUUGUGCAGUGUAUCAAGUACUGAAUUAUAUAUGUGGUGUAUCUAAGAAGUGCUGUUCUUUAAUUAUAUACUUAACAGAGAGGUGGAUCGAAUUACAGGAAAAAUCUUCUUUUUUUUUUUUUUAAUUCUUUAAAUUUCAAAUUAAUUUCAGACCUUCUAUAACGAUAUAAAUUCAUUGAUUUUUUUCUGUACCCUAGAAAAAUAUUUUAUGAAGUUUCUAAUCGGGAAAAAAAUUCCUGUAGAUUGAAUCUAAUUUGCAGGCAUGUAAUCAGAAACAGUAAUUGUACAUUUAUUUCAGUUUACUGUAAACCAACCAUCACUUGCCACAACUUUUAUUCAUUAUUCAGCAAUUUCAAAUCAAUCCAUGCCUAUAAAUUUUUGUGGCAGAGGAAAUAUUCUAUGUACAUGUAAAUACACAACAAAAUAAAUUAUUCGUGGCAAGAAAUAUUCUUAAGUAAAAGAAGGUUGCAAAACUUGUGGAUAUUUUUGCAGGCAAAAAAAGGUGGGUUUACAGUUCCUAAUUGCUGUUUUAAAAAUGUCAUUUUCACUAAACAUAGACAUAGCAAACAAAACAACAACCUAAAUCACUGUGUAAAAUAUCAGCAAUUCCUCUAAUUCUGCUGCUAUUUCAUUUCUUUGAACUUGCUGACAAAAUAUUGCUAUAAGCAGAUAUAUUUGUUUUACUCAUUUUUUGCUGUAAUAGGUUCCACUGUUACUAUACACCAUGGCUUAGAAUUAGAAAUCAUUAGGUGUCAGAGGAAAUUAUUACAUUUCUAAUGCUACUUAAUUUUUCAUAAUUACUAAUCAUAAGCAAUUUAAAAUUAUGCUGUGAAUCUUCAUUUAUCUUCUUUUUUUUUAAUUUGAAGCACACAGAAUCUGUAAACAAGUUAAGCUUUUGCUUCAGAAGGUUCAAAUGCAGUACAUGUAUUUCAGCCCAAAAUUUCUGUCAUGAAUAUGCUUAUAUUUACCUUUCAUCAAACAAUAGAAACAAAACAAGCUUGUGUUAACAAAGUUACGCUUUCCUCUGUUUAUAAAGUUAACUACCUUAAGUCAGACAAUACGAUGUCUGCUUGUUUGUACAACUCUUGAUAAAACAUUUGUUUUCUCUUUUUAUAUGGCUCUGUAUGAAGUAAAAUGUCUUUAACAAGUAAAUUUUACAAACUC